AUGCUUCAACUUACUGGGUUUCAACCCAAAGGGCCGCUUUGUUUGGUUUAUGACAAGUUGCCACCAAUCCCUCCUUCAAUUGGGAAGUUGGGAGAGUUGGUUGAGCUGACUUGUCAUUUAUCAAUUAAGGAAUUGCCCGAAUCUAUUGGGGGAAUUAACAAAUUGAAAUUUUUGAGACUUACUAAUAGCAAGAUAAAAAGGUUACCGAGCUCUAUCGGAAAAUUGCAAAGCCUCCAAGAGUUUAAUGCCUACGGAAGCACAAGCCUAGAAGGAGAAAUUCAUGUUGAUAAAGGUGGAUUGUCUUCUCUAAAGACCCUUAAUUUAAGUUUUACAAAAAUUUCUGGCUUGCCGGAAAACUUAGAUCAGCUUUCUUCUCUCGAGCGCCUCGGUCUAAGGUCAUGUGGAGAGCUUGAGUCACUCCCAAAACCUCCUUGUAGCUUAUCAAUCCCCGGGCUCACCUGUCGGAGCAAUGAGCUGCCAUCGCUCUCACCUCACCUCAAGCAUCUCUUCAAAGCAUCUCUACCUUCUAAAGAAGCUCAUGCUUGCAUGUCUCUUCAAAGCAUCCCAGAGCUUCCCUCCUACAUACAGAAGCUUUACAUUUGGGGAUGUCCUAAAUUGGACAGGUUCCCAAAGCUUUCCGAUUUGGAAUUUUUGUCGAAAUUAGUGCUCAUGGAUUGCUAUAGGCUGAAGAAAUUGGAUGGACUGGAAGCUUUAAAAACCCUUAGAGAGUUGAACCUAUGCACACGGCCAAUGCUUAUUAUCCAAGGUACGACGAUUUCCAACCUCGAGUUUGAAAAGGUAGAUAAUCUUCAUGUGAUACGAGGCCUUGAAAAAUUGGGAUCUUUGGAAUGGUUGGAUAUCUCCGGGCGCGAGCACAUCCAAGUUCUGGACCUUUCAAAGUCGGAGCAUCUGAAGUGUUUGGAUGUUUGUUAUUGCGAAAGCUUAGUUGAAAUUCGCUGCCCUAGUAAAUUCUGGAGCACUUUGAUAGGGAUGGGUGCGAGUCACUCAGAAAUUACCGGACUUUUUACCUCGAUAUGGUUGGAUUUUGAUGAGGAAUGA